GAAGAGUGCAAUCAGUGCGACAUACAGUUCAUAAGAGACAUACUGUGCCAUUGCUUACUGUAUCGUGAUUGUACUGGGAAUAGAUAAUGGUCGUUUGAGCGCAGAUCAAACGGUGCAAAGUGAAUUGAUGUAGCUAAUGUAGUGUUUAAAAACCAAACGGAGCAUUUCGUGACGAAGCAUGUAGCCUACGGUAGUUUACAUUUUUGUGUACUCUUUGGUUAUACAAGGUUAAAGGAGCAAUCCUAUGGAAAUAUAGCCAAUCCUUACCAUCGUUGUUGGAUAAGUGGGCAUUCUAAACCUUUAAAUCCUGUCCUUUUCAUAAGAAAAGAUGGGGAAUGGAUUAUCAGAACAGCACAAUUUCUUUUCAAGCAUCCCAUUCUUUCAGUCUUUCCACAUUGCCAUCCUGGGUCUGGACUCUGCAGGGAAGACGACUGUUCUUUACAGACUCCAGUUCAAUGAGUUUGUUAACACUGUGCCCACCAAGGGCUUCAAUGCUGAGAAGGUGAGAGUGUCCCUCGGAGGUCACGGGACUGUAACCUUCCACUUCUGGGAUGUAGGUGGGCAGGAGAAGUUGCGUCCACUCUGGAAAUCAUACACUCGCUGCACUGAUGGCAUUAUAUUUGUGGUGGACUCCGUGGACACUGAACGUAUGGAGGAGGCCAAGACUGAGCUGCAUAAGAUUGCUAAAUCGUCAGAGAACCAGGGAGUGCCACUGCUGGUGGUGGCGAACAAGCAGGACCUGAGAAAUUCCAUGGGGCUGGCUGAGAUUGAGAAGGCUCUUGCGCUGAAGGAACUGGGUCCAGCAAACCUGUGGCAUCUCCAGCCCACCUGUGCCAUUAUAGGAGAUGGGCUCAAGGAAGGCCUAGAGCGACUCCAUGAUAUGAUUGUCAAAAGGAGAAAGAUGCUCAGACAACAAAUGAAGAGAUGAUGGAAGAAGAGAGAGAGAUGGACUUCUAAAGUUUACAUGUGAAAGAUAUUGGGAGGGUUAUUUUGCACCUGAGUGGGCACUGGCAUUCCACUGCAGUUUAAGAAUUUGCACACUGAGUUUUAUCAGUCAGAUGUUAAGCUUUAGGUUUCUACUGUAUUGCCCGUUGGAAAGAGAAACAUGAAAUGUCAAAUUUUUAGCUGUAGUUUUUACAAACCUUAUAACUGUUGAACAGGAAACACUGGGAAGAAGUUCACAUGUGGAGUGAUGUUUGGAUGUAAGGAUUCAGCAUUUUUUUCUACAAAGAAAUAGGGUGAGAAUAUAUUUUUGGGUUAUUAUGAAGGAAUUAUGAAUAUAUAUAUAUAUAUGGGAAAGAUUUACCUUCUGGUCAGUCUAAAUAACAAAACAGUAUUCUAACAGUAGAGCAAAUAAACGUACUCUGGAUUGAAAGAACAUAAUUGACUUUCUGAAAGUGAACUUUGACUCUGGGAAAGAGUAAAAUACAAUAGUAUUUGUAGUUUUGUCUUUUCGACUAAGUUUAUUUUCAUCUUUACUGUCUCAAAAGUGAAGUACUGUUCUGUACAUCUGUGUUAAACACACUUUUUUAUUUUACCUCGUGAUUGGUUUACAGCCUCAAUGUUUCCCAAUAUGGCUUACUGUCUGAUCAAAACUGUAGUAGCUUACAAAUACACCACCCAUUAGGUUCUACAGUAUGGCAGUGUCUGUAUGGCUAUUAGACUGAAUGUUUUCUGUUUUAAUGUUUAAUAAAGUAUCAUAACCACAAUGUUUUGGCUGCCACAGUGCUUAAGGGAAAGGUGUGAUGUAUGUUGCUAAGCCAUUCAAUCAAACUCUUGGAAUUAAAGUAGCCUAAACUAAAUGCAGCAGGUGAAAUAUUGAACAGAAAUCCAGGCUAUUUUGCAGUUGACAUAUUUUUCAGGGAUUGAUGCCUGGAUUUAUCUACUUCGAUGUUCCCACAGACAUUACUGAUACAGAGAGAACAUUUCUUCUUUUUCGUCCACUGAUGUAAUUAACUUGAGAUUAAGAGUGGGGAGGGCUCUGUAAUUCUUUACCCUUGUUUCUUGUCAAUAACCUCCUUUUACUAUAUGACAACAUGGCAUGCCAUGUAGCCUACUAUAUCGUCUGUCAUGACUUGUCUUAUGAUUUUUAGAUCAUCUGCUCAUAAUGCCAUUUGUAAAGUAGUCACUUCCAUUGAUCAAUCACAGUUCAACUUUUUAGGAUUCAUAACUGACUAGAUUGUGUGAAAUGAAUGUGACAUUUACUGUAUUAUUUUCACAUAUUGUAGCCUUGUGUGAACCAUAAACCUAGAUGGCAAAGUAUGUAAUUCGGCUGAGUUCUGAGAUUUCUCAGUCUUUGUAUUUAGAGAGGGAAGUAACAGUAUACGCAUAAUUCUUCCUGCUUAUUAUGCAGGGUAACUGACAGGAUUCAUUUUUCUUUCUACAAUCUCUGGGAGCCAGUGCCCUACUUAAAGUAAAUGUAAAUUCCUCCUUUAUUGUCCCCACAGACUCUAGGUAGGAUGUAUGGAGCCCCCUGCAAGGGGAGUUGAGAAAGGGAUAGAGAUAAAUCAAGAAAAGAAUACUCCUGUUUUUCUUUGCAAGGAUAACCUGUGUCUUUACCACUGCCUAGAAUAAAAAAUAAAAUAGAUGGUGUUCUUAAAAUCAAAGUCAUAAUCAACUGUCUCCAUAGGUCUAUUCAGUUGCUUCUAUUACAUAACUUCAAUGCAUUAAAUUAUCUACUAGCAAAGCAGACACUACUGCAAGGCUAGAUUUCAUUUCUUCAGAUUUCUUUAUUUUUCUCAUUGUCUCAAAUGUUUUUGGUUUUCGACCGACAGUAUAAAUCGAACUGAUUGACCUGUGCACUUUCUAGGUUCCAUGUUUCUAGGUGAUAUUUUAGAUAGUGCAGUUCCUAUUUUUUGUAUAAGCAGCUUUGAAU